UUUAUAAAGCAAUGAAAACACUAAAUAUACUAAAUAUAUCUGUAUUUUUUAUCUUACUAUAGAGUUGUUUAUUUUUAGAGAAUUUAAACGGUUAAAAAAUGUUAACUACAACAUCUAUAAAAGCACCAAUCUCUAGUUAUCAUAAAGAAAGCAAUAUUGCACGAAUAUCGGGAUCUAUAACAGCAGGAAUACUUGAAUUAGUAUUAUUUCAUCCAAUUGAUACUAUUUCAAAGAGACUUAUGAGUAAUCAAGGAAGAAUAACUUCAUUAUCACAUCUUAGUAAAGUUAUUUUUAAGAAAAAUACAUCGUCUCCUUUGUAUUUAAAGUUUGUAUCUUUAUUUCCUGGCUUGGAAUAUGCUGCAGGAUAUAAAAUUUUUCAACGUGUAUAUAAAUAUUCUGGUCAACCUAUUAUUACAGAUUAUUUAUCAAAUCAUUAUGGAGAGGAAUUUCAAAGAAUUUUUGGCAAAGAAAAUACUAAAGCAAUGAUUCAUGCAACAGCUGGAAGUCUUAUUGGAGUAGGGGAAAUUAUACUUCUUCCUUUGGACAUGUUAAAAAUCAAACAUCAAACUAAUCCCGAUGCAUUUAAAGGAAGAAAAUUAUUCCAAAUUAUUAUUGAGGAAAAUUUUAAAUUAUAUAGAGGAUGGGGCUGGACAGCUGCUAGAAAUGCUCCAGGAAGUUUUUCUCUUUUUGGAGGAAGUGCUCUUGCAAAAGAACAUCUUUUUGGACUUUCUGAUUAUACAAAAGCUACUUGGUUACAGAAUUUUGUGGCUUCUAUUGCUGGCGCAGUCGCUAGUCUUACUAUCAGUGCACCUUUAGAUGUAAUUAAAACCCGUAUACAGAAUCGAAAUUUUGAUCAUCCGGGUAAUGGAUUAUUAAUUUUACAAAGUAUGAUUAAAAAUGAAGGCAUUUUUUCGUUUUUCAAAGGAUUAACUCCAAAAAUUCUCACAGUAGGACCUAAAUUAGUAUUUUCCUUUACAGUUGCUCAGUCAUUAACGCCUAUGUUUGAUACAUUUUUUUCCACUUCUAAAAAACAUAUGUAUUAACGUUUUUAAUUUGAAUACUCAACAGAUAAAUAUAAAAAUCUGAUAUUAGCUUUUUUUUAUUUGGACUUAUAUUUAGUGAUAUAAGAAAAAAAGCAUUAUAUAGUUCGUA